AUGGUGUCAGUCGCCGGAGGCAUUAUCAUCACCAUCCUGGUCCUCGCCCUCAUCGGCAUCGUCGGCUGGAUUAUCUUCACUCAGCUCCGUGCUCGAAGACUAGGUCUCCCGCCUCCGUCGCUCUCCUCCUACCUUCCCUUCCGAAAAUCCGAAACAUCGCCAUCCUACGGCCCCCCGCGCCCCGCACCGAGCGGUAUUUCUGGCUGGUUCAACGACAAGAUCAGCUCUUUCAAAAACCGUGGGAGCCGCUCCGCCGCCGGCGCCUACGAGCAGCCCUCGGGCGCCGGCGCACCCCGCCGCGGCUUCGGCCCACUCGACCCGGACGAGGCUUGGGAUGCGCGCGUCGGCCACGAGGCUGAGACGUAUGGCCCCUACGGUAACUACGAGGAACAGGAGCUCGGAUAUCGUGGUGGCAACGGUGCGGAUGGUGGCAACAGCUACGGCAUGAACCUUGCUGCGACACCGGGCGUGCACCACGACGAGCCGGCGCGGGGCCGGAGCCUCAGCCGGCUCGGCGAUGACGAUGCUAGACUAGGCGGGCCCAAGGCGGGCAGUAGGAACCCGUUCGAGGACGAUGCGGAGCCGAGUAAUAUCAGUUUGCGCGGUGUUAGUCCCCGCCCCAUCGUCGACACGGCAUCGCAACAGCAGCAGAAAGACAACGGAGAGAGCCCGACGGAGCGGAGGUCGAUUUUCCGGGAGAACGUAUAA